AUGAGAUCUCCAAAAAUUCCACCAAUUUCCGCUUUGACAGCUCUAGAGCCACGGCCCGAUGGCCAAUGGGCCGUUAACGGACAUGAUGGGGACAGCACUUCUCUAUCAUAUGUGAUGGAUAACGGCGCCGAGGCAAUCACCUAUACCCUGCGUCACUGCCAUAAUGAGGAUGAUAUCCGGAAACAUUGCGCAUCUUUUGUCUACGAAUAUAAUGACAACGUUUCUGAGAUCGAAUAUCACCACCAAAACGUGCACGAAGUUCCCACAGAGUUUAGAGAUACACAAGGAGCAGCAUCAAUACUCUACCAAUCACAAGAGGAGAGCGCAUUACGACCAUACUCGACGGGUCAAAUCCAGCAACCGCUCCAGGAGCAUCUUCUCUUUAACACUGAAGCAACCAUUGUUUCACCAUCUGAAUCGCAAGCUCAAGCCAGUAUUCAAUUCGAAGAAACGACACUUGCUCCUCAAUCUCAUUUUUACCAACACGGCCAAAGAUUGAAUAUGCCUAAUCACCAACAGCUUUCACAAAAUAGUUUUGCUCCUGAAACUACUGAGUGGCCUUUGAGCAAUGAAUUAUUUCCCACAGCUGUAGGCAACGCCUCGAUUUCCAUACCUAACACUGAAUUCGGAUUACCCCAAGACACUCCAAUGUUUCUGAGUGCUUGGCAGCAGAACUGGGCUCAUGUAACUCCCAACACUACACAGGGCUCUGACGGAGACUGGGAUACCUUUUUCUCGCAGCAUUCAUAA